AUGCCUUGUCACCGUCGCUUCGCAUUUGCAAGGAGAGCUAGAGCUAGUCGUUCGAGGUCCUCGCUGGCAUCGAUGAGAUCUUCACGAGGGCAAGCACGUAAACAGCCACGGCGCUUAAGAUCUCGAAGUUCCAACCGAUCUAGGUCGCUAUCACUAUUUGCUCAAACAAGACCGCGAGAUAGUCAAGGACGAUUUCUUCCACUGGAUUUCGUAGAUACAAAGGAUUAUGGACAUAUUGCGCAAAAAUCAACGAAACGAUCAGCUGGUCGUUCCGGAAAGGCAUUUCAUGAAAGAAGUGUAUCUCCUCGAAGGCAACAAAUAAUUCGACUUUCAUCACCAACACAGCUGCGAAUCAUAAUUCGUCUAAGUUGUCUUCAAAACUUUCUCAAAUAA